AUGGCCGACCAGAACACGGCUGCCGUCGCGGCUGAGCCCAACAUGUCCGAGAAGCAGGAGAAGCGCGAGCAGCCUAGCGACAGCGGAAGCCGGACGCCCUCGCCGGUCGACAGCAGACGCGCCGCCAACGAGAAACCAAAGUCCAAGGGGUUCCUCGCCCGCAUGGGCGACUUGCCCGAAUGGGGCUUCCGCGGCCAGCGCCUUCAGGGCAAGGUGCUCAACUGGUCCAUUGGAUUCAUCGCGUCUUGUGGUUUCCUCAUGUUUGGAUAUGACCAGGGUGUCCUCGGUUCACUACUCACCCUCGACGACUUCCAACGGAGCAUUGCCCUGAUGACGCCGCUGGAGCAGUCGAAUCAACUCUGCUGGCUAGAUUUCCCUGAGAACACCCAGCGUGACUACAGCCAGUGCACCGGAGACCCCAACACGCAAGCCGCUGCGGUCGCCGUGUACCAGAUCGGCUGCUUUUUGGGCGCGGUUCUCAUCCUAUUUCAUGGAGAAAGAUGGGGUCGCAAGUCGUCCACGUUCUGGGGCAGCGCCAUCAUGGUUUUCGGAACUAUCCUGCAGGCCUCUGCGCACGAGUACGGUCUCUUUUCUGCGGGCCGCAUCGUCGGUGGCAUCGGAAACGGCAUGGUGACGUCGACUAUUCCCACAUGGCAAUCUGAGUGUGCACGGCCGUAUCAAAGAGGUUUCCUCAUCACCCUUUCCGGAGCCCUCAUAAGCUGCGGUAUUGCCAUUGCCUACUGGUACGGGUUCUACUUCCUCGAGGGAUCGAUCCGCUGGCGAUUCCCCGUCUCAUUCCAGUCUUUCUUCACUAUCAUCGUCAUGAUCGGUCUUCUCUACCUGCCCGACUCGCCCCGUUGGUUGGCUAUGAAGGGCCGCAUGGAGGAGGCUCGAGAAGUGACAUCCCGUCUUCUCGGAAAGCCCAUCGAUCACGAGGAUGUCACCAUCGAGGUCAAGGCAAUCCAGGAGGCCCUCGAGGCCCAGAGCCAAGGCGGAAGCUUCAAGUUCAAGGAGCUUCUCACCAACGGCCCCUCGCAGAACUUGAGGCGCACCCUCCUCGGCAUUGCUGCGCAGUUUUUCCAGCAAAUUUGCGGUAUCAACCUCAUUACCUACUACAGUGGAUUUUUGUUCGAGAACUCCCUCGGUUUCGGCCCCGAAUUGUCCCGGCUUUUGGCCGCGCUCAACGGCACGGAAUACUUCUUGGCUUCGCUUGUUGCUCUGCCUCUGAUUGAGAGAACUGGUCGCCGCAAGCUCAUGCUCUUCGGCGCAUUCGGUAUGAUGGCCUCUAUGGCAAUUCUGGCUGGGACCGUGUCUACUGGCACGGUCGACGAGACUGGCGCGCCUAAACUCGAGUCCGUGUACGGAAUUACUGCUACGGUCUUCCUCUUUGUUUUCAACUCCUUCUUCGCUAUUGGCUGGCUCGGAAUGACCUGGCUCUACCCCGCUGAGAUCACCAACCUCCGUAUCCGCAUCCAGGCCAACGCCCUCUCAACCUGCUCCAACUGGCUCUCCAACUUCUUGAUUGUCAUGAUCACACCACCUGCAUUUGCCAACCUAGGCUACAGGACGUACGUGAUGUUCGCCGUCUUCAACGCAGCCAUUAUCCCCUGCGUGUACUUCUUCUUCCCGGAGCCCAAGGGCCGAAGUCUCGAGGAGCUCGAUGUCAUCUUCGCCAGCGCCCACGCCGACAAGGUCAACCCCGUCAAGCGCGCUAAAGAGAUGCGCAAGGUGGAGGGAAGGGAGCUCGAGAAUGAGCUGGACAAGUACUUUGGAUCCAGCGAGAUGGUCGAGGACGCCCGCCCUAUGAUGCAAUAA